AUGCCACAAACUCCCGUCAAAAAGGGCCCUGAGCUCACUAUCCACUUGGAUCGUCCGGACUCAACAUACAUUCCUGGAGAAGUGAUUACGGGCCAUAUAUCUCGAAAAGCUCACAUCGUCGCUUCCUCAGCAACAAUCAGUAUCUCGUUGCAUGCAAGAAGUAAAUCGCGAAUGGUGGCGCGGCGCGGGCAUUUGACAUCGACAUAUCGCGGACGCUUUGAUCUCGUGCCAUCAACUGAGUACUCCAAAACGGUUUUCGAAGGCCCUGUACAUAUCGCUGAACACGAUGUGGAGCAAAGGUGGCCUUUCUCAAUCCGUCUGCCUAACUGUGUAGACGGAUCUGCACCGCAGUCGUUGGCAGGGCCGGAUCAGACUUAUCUGACAACGGAUGUAUCGGAACAGCCUCUUCCGCCGACAUUCUUGAUCGAGCGGUACGACUACAUGUCUGGAAUGUCAGCGUUUGUCGAGUAUUACUUGCAGGCAGAGUUGAAGACAGCUUCGAGAGGCUCUGGUACCGCUGAAGCAAUACUACCCUUCAGGAUGCUGUUUAUCAAUCCGGAGCCUUUGCCAGCUCACAUAGAUCUUCAUACAACACGCCAAACACUCGCUUUCCAAGGCGAGAAUCCUUUGGUGGCCAGCGUUGAGGUUCAGACGCCGACAACGCUGCAGAUUGAAGCUCCAGAUCCCAUGCCAUUCCUGAUCCUUGCAGUUCCACCCGAAGGCGUCGACCUUGAGAAGCAAAAGCCAGGUCUUCCUUCAGUUCAUAUAACUCGGAUCUUCAUGAAAAUUGUCGCAAAGACGGAGAUAAAGUGCCCAAAGGGGAAGAAUGUUCAUGAGACAGACGGCGAGGCUCGGGUAACACUACAUGCCGAAGAUGCCUUUAAUCAGUAUGACGACGAAUUAUACAUCCCAUGGCAGAGACCAGCCAUAGACUCCCAGUUACAGGGAACGGGCUCAGGAUCUGAAAUGAGACCCUCAGAGCGUCUCGACAUCGGGGCGCAACUCAACCUUCGUCUGCAGCGAAGCAAAGACUUGUAUCCAUCCUUCCAAACCUUCAACAUUCGACACACGCACCGCGUCCAAUGGGAGAUGACAGUAGAGGCUGCCGGCAAAAGCUUUGAGCUUUCUGGUGAAGAGCCAAUCAAGGUUCUCAGCAGGCCUGAGGCCGAGCGCAAUACGGAAUGGAUCCAGCCACCGCCAGAAGAUCACCCGCCAAGCUUUUCUGAUGACGAGGACGUGGCCGGGUCAGGGUCUAGACGCGGUAGCCGGCAGACAGAUCCAGCGGCUGGCGUGGGUGGUUUGUCACGGCUUUGGGUGUUCUGA